AUUCGUAUUCACAUUUGCUUGUACGUUUUGCGUGUGACAGCUUCGCUGAAAUAAUUUCGUGUGUUCUUGUGAGUUCCCUUAAUUUAAAAGAUGAAGGCAGUUAGUGUGGUGUGCGGCGAGACCGGUGUUUCGAGUGUGACAACGGGAAAAGUGUCCAAAACUAGGAAGGAUAUCGAAAACGAGGAAAUCCAAAUGUAUCUUAGUAAAUUAAAGGAUCUUGUGCCGUUUAUGCCAAAAAAUAGGAAAUUAUCGAAACUGGAAGUGAUACAGCACGUCAUCGACUACAUUUGCGAUCUUCAGAGCGCCCUCGAAACCCAUCCGGCAGUCAAUGCUUUUGAUGCGGCCGCGGUGUUAAACCAAAAAAAAUCACAGGGCGCAGUGAGUCCGAGGCAACCACUUGGUGUUAGGAGCAGCCCAAACACGAUACUUGGACCCUGUGAGGCACCAGUGACACAAAAUGCCACGACGCCAGAAAAGCUAUCGGAGAGGCGACCAGUUUCGUGUUAGAACCUAGCAAAUUGUGUCAUCGCGUCAUUCAUUCCAAAAGUUACACAAAGACGAGGAUGGCAUAUUUCGAGA